AUGGGUCCUGGAGAGAAAAAACAGAAUCCCAAGAAGCCGGGGACGGCCACGUCUAGGAAGGGGUGCAUGAGAGGUAAAGGGGGACCCGAGAAUGGUAGUUGCAAGUACAAAGGUGUCCGUCAACGUACAUGGGGCAAAUGGGUAGCCGAGAUUCGUGAACCAAACCGUGGGGCACGUCUCUGGCUUGGAACCUUCGACACCUCAAGGGAAGCUGCCAUGGCCUAUGAUCAAGCCUCCAUGAAACUCUACGGUACCCAAGUCAAACUCAACCUCCCGGAGGAGGAGCUCCUCCAUGAGCAGCAGCCUGCUGAUUCUUCCCCCAACAACCUGCGGAUUCAUGAUCAUAAUUAUAAGCAGAAGCAAACCUGGUCUCCCGGUUGCAGCUCAUCCUCCCCGGCGUCUCAUACUCAUCAUGAUCAUGGAAAGUACUCGACCACCCAAGAAGAUAUUAAUGGAAUUUGGAAGAAUCAUCUUGAUGUUAAUUUUCCUGAUAUAGGUGAAGGAGGAGAUCGUGUGGCUUUGCCGGAGUUUGAUGAUUCGGACAUAUGGACGGAGGCAACGGAGGCUAUAGAUUUGCACGCCGUCGCUAACCAGGGCAAUUUCUGGGCUCAAGAAUUCGAAUUGCAGAAUCCAUGGUGCUAG